AUGAGCGGGGAUACAGGGACGACGUCCGUAGCGCCCUCUCCCGGGGAGACCGAACCAGGCCGUGGGGUCCGCAUUGUGGUUGAGUACUGCGAACCCUGCGGCUUCGAGGCGACCUACCUGGAGCUGGCGAGUGCCGUGAAGGAGCAGUAUCCAGGCAUCGAGAUCGAGUCGCGCCUGGGGGGCACAGGGGCCUUUGAGAUUGAAAUCAAUGGACAGCUGGUGUUCUCCAAGCUGGAGAAUGGGGGCUUUCCUUACGAGAAAGAUCUCAUUGAGGCCAUCCGAAGAGCCAGUAACGGAGAACCCCUCGAAAAGAUCACGAACAGCCGCCCUCCUUGUGUCAUCCUGUGA